CUAACACAGUUGAAAAAAUGGUAUCGACGAUGGUGCGCGCGGUAAACGACAGUAGCGCCUUGAUAGUUAUAUCCGUUCUUGAACAAGCAACAUUCAUUCAAAUUGACACUAGUGAGGAGUGUCAAUUGAAGAGUAAUUAUUUCGAUAAUUCAUUGUGUACAAUUAUCCAGAAAAUGAGUACUACAACGAGACGGAAUUCACGACCAAGUUCGAUAAGUACUGGAGAGGAGACUUCAACUCGAAGGGCUAUCCUCACAGUGGCUCUUAUUUUCUUAUCCUCAUUGACAGCACUAUUUUAUGUCUACACUAAUUUUCCUGAAUUGGAAGAACAUGAGAAGAAACAUAUGAAACUUCCCCUCCACAUAGAGGAUGCCAAAAAUCUUGGGAGACUGUUGGAGAGAUACAAAGAGCUUUAUUACGCGGAAGUUCUUGCUGGUGUCUUCAUCACAUACAUCUUCUUGCAAACAUUCGCAAUUCCUGGAUCGAUAUUCCUGUCAAUUCUCUCAGGAUUUCUGUUUCCAUUCUACCUCGCACUCCUCCUCGUCUGCACCUGCAGUGCAGUUGGAGCCUCACUCUGUUACCUCCUGUCAUCCCUACUGGGAAGAAAAUUAUUAUUCAAGUAUUUCCCGGAUAGAGCGAACCAAUGGGCGCAGACAGUGAGAGAACACAAGGACAAUCUAUUCAACUACAUGUUGUUCCUCAGGAUGACUCCACUAUUCCCAAACUGGUUCAUAAAUCUGGCGAGUCCUGUCAUCGGAGUUCCGAUGAUUCCGUUCUCCCUAGGGACGUUUUUCGGUGUUGCACCACCCUCUUUUCUCGCCAUUCAAGCUGGACAGACGCUCAACAAGUUGACGUCCUCCAGUGACACAUGGUCUUGGUCUAGUAUGAUUGUUUUAUGCAUAUUUGCAGUGUUAUCUUUAGUUCCUGUAUACUUCAAGGACUUCUUCAACAGACUGUUCAAAAGACUGCGACUGAAGUUUGAUUGAACUUUGUUUAAAUCCCUUCACAUUCCCACUGAGGUUUUUUCGUCUCAUUCUGAUUUAUUUUUAUUACGACGGAUUGAGAAUUCAAAAUUCUCAGUUUAAGCGAUUUUAUUAGUGAAAAAUUAACGAACAUUUGAGAGAAAAAUUUAAUGCUUUCGCUGGGAAAUUCUAUUGAAAUUCGGUUCGAAGAGUUCGCAGCCUUUCUGAAUAGAAAAUAUUUAAUAGAAGAAUGUUGAUACAUUUUGAUUUUUAUGUAUAAUUAUUUGAUUAAGAUAUUUUCCAUGGGGAUUCCUCAGCAUUAAUUUUUUCAGUUUUUUUUUCAUUGCAUUUUUUUCUCACUGAAAAGGUUCAAGUAUAAAAGAUAAAAAAAUUAGGUCGUGGAAUUUCUCUAAAAACAGUAUCAACAGAAUAAGUUUAUGUAAGUCAACAAACAAAAAAAGAUCAAAGUGAUUAAUUCUUUCUAUAAAAUAUUUUCUCUCGAACAUUUCAAUUAAAAAAAUGCUCCGUUGAAUUUUUUUGAAUCGUAUGUCCGAAAAAUAUGAAGUUCGGAUUGAAUUCCAAUCGAAAAUGCAAUAGAAUUGCCCAGUGAAAUGUCUAUUUUUCUCCAAUAUCUCGAGAUCUGAAAAAUAGGCCGAUAUUUGUGUGGAGAUUUUUUUUCAAUCAAAAUAAGAUCUACAAAAAAAUCAAAAAAAUCUCCUGAAUAAACACUUUCAGAGAGUUCAAAAUCACAAAUAAUGGGAUAAAAACCUCUGACUAAAUUCUAAAUAAAUUUAAAGUUUGGACUCUUUAGAUUUAGGUUCUUGCCGUAUGAGAAAAUUCUGUACAAAGUUCAGCAAAAUUUGCAUGAUGCAUAAUUUAUUAGGUAGAAAAACAUGUAUUCCGAAUUAAAUAAAAGUUUUUUCUUCGUU